AUGAGACAACCUAGUUUUGAAACGUCAAGCAUUGAUUCUACUAUUCCUCGAAAUCGGUUACGAAAUAAACUUGAUACCAACGAUCAUGAAGGCGGAGUCCAAACCGGCAAGAUCGAAAUUGCCGAUGCAGCGAUACAAAGUGAGAAAAAUACUGAUGGAAAUAAGCACGAAAUAAAAGAGGAUGUAGACGACUAUGACGAGGAUAGUGAUGAGAAUGAAAACAUACAUUCGACAGAAUCAAUUGAUAAGCAGUAUAAACAAAAUGGCAAACGAUAUGAACAAAAUCGAUAUUCAGAAGAAAGUUUAGAUCUAGAUAAAAAUCCAGAUAAAAACGAAAUUCAAAUCAAUGACAAGGACGAAAUGGCAAAAGAGUUAAGGGAAAACAAUGAUAAAAUUUGCAAUUAUAUAUGCAACUUGAAAAGCCAGAGAGAAGAAUUAAUUUAUAUAAUCGAGAAACAGUAUGAUGAGCGAAAAAGAUUGGAAACUGAGAUGGAAAGGAUUACAUACAAACUUUGUUUGAUAAAUAAAAGCAUGGCACAGAGAAUCAAAACAAAAAAUCUCUAUGACCAAACGUUGCAAGAAGUAGAAGGCAACUACUCGAAAUUGGUAAAAGACUCUGGAAUUAUUUUAUCCUUAAUACAAAGUCAAUAUGAAAGCCUGGAUGAAAUGAUUAAUAAAAAGACUAAUACUGACCAAACAUUAUUAACACCACAGCACGAGCGCCCAGGAGGUGGUGGUGAACACCCAGACCAACAAAAUAAGGUCUGUACAUGCCAUAUAAAAAUGAAUGAUUCGAUGGAUAGAAAUCGAAAACCUCGUAAACAAGAAAGACAUUGUACAUGUACUAAAAUCGUAAAGCAAGAUGAUUCUGAUUAA